AUGUGGAUCCUCUCAUUCUGGCUUUUCCCCGUGAUAUCCGGGUGCAUGUGGUUAGCGACGUUAAUAGCCAUGAUGUCAACCUGGGCAGCGGACGGAAAACCAAGAUAUAUUACCAUGGACGAUGGGCUCACCAUUCCUUAUAUUUCCCAUAUCGGAGCCGAAGGAAUCAAACCGCUGUUCAUUGCCGGCAGUGCAGUCACAGUUGUGUUCAUGGAUCUCGGACUCCUCGCUGAGCGUUGGCUUCGCCAUGCCGGCCAACUUGCCCCGAACAAAGGGCGGCUCGACAAGGCCUGUGCUAUUGGAUCAAUUCUUUUCUCCAUUGCUGGGGCUGCAGGUCUCAUUCUUCUGUCCAUAUUCGACACGAAGAAUCAUCACAGCCUCCACAACGGCUUUUUGGGCAUGUUCAUAGGGUGCUACGUGGUCUGCGCCCUCCUGGUGUGUCUGGAAUACAUCCAAAUCGGCCGAUUCUACCAUCCACAAGCCCGUAUCUUGAUAGUCAGCUUCGCCAUCAAAGCUCUUUUCGUCGUCUGCGAACUUGCUGUCGCCAUUGCAUUUGGCGUAUGCAUGAACAAGGGAAAUAAGCAGAAUGCAGCAGCUGUUUUAGAAUGGGUCUCAACUAUCUCCCAUGUCAUCCAAUGCAUCAGUUCAAUAAUCGUCCUCGGGAUCACAGCCUGGGCAGUCCGCGAGACCAAAACCCUGACCGUGAUUUUCUCCUUGGUGGUGGCGGUCCUCACCCUAGUCGUCUAUGGCAUAACACUAAGCACCAGCUGCAUUACAAAACGCCAUAGAUGGCACGUUCUCCCUAUGCUUCUGACCGACGCAAUGAUUUCUUACCUCUGGCUCACUGCAUUCAUCUUCCUGGCUCGGGAUUUCAACCAGGUCAGCUGUAAGGUCCACCUCUGGAACAAAGAGGCAGUAUGUAGCCGGAAGUAUACGGUCGAGGCAUUCAGUUUCAUUGCAUUCUUUACUACUUUCGUGGCUCUGGUAUUCGAGACUUUGUAUACUUACAAGCCGACAGAUGAGACGAUGCGCGAGAAGAAAACCGGGGUGACAAGCUUGGAGGAUAAUCUCCGGAGUGCCGGGGUGAUGAGCCCAGGGUGA